AUGUCUACAGCAGCCCGACGCCGCCUGAUGCGCGACUUCAAACGCAUGCAAACCGAUCCCCCAACUGGAGUUUCCGCCUCUCCCGUGCCUGACAAUGUCAUGACUUGGAACGCCGUCAUCAUCGGACCCGCGGACACGCCAUUUGAGGAUGGAACAUUCAGGCUUGUGAUGCAAUUUGAAGAGCAGUACCCUAAUAAGCCUCCUGCUGUCAAGUUCAUCAGCCAAAUGUUCCAUCCCAACGUGUAUGCUACAGGCGAGUUGUGCCUCGAUAUAUUGCAAAACAGAUGGAGCCCGACAUACGAUGUUGCCGCCGUUCUCACGAGUAUCCAGAGUUUGCUUAACGAUCCAAACACUGGCUCUCCAGCGAACGUUGAGGCCUCAAACUUGUACCGGGAGAAUCAAAAAGAGUAUGAAAAGCGCGUCCGCGAGACGGUAGAGAAGUCUUGGGAGGAGUAA